AGAGACGAUCAUAGCCAGGAUAAGAAGACGCAUGAAGAGAGAGAAAAAGCUGCUGGGAAGCGACAAAGAGCGGUGAAAGAGAGGACUGAGGAAGAGAAAAAGACGAGGCACGCGUGAAGGCUGAUAAAGGGGCGAUUAAAAGAAGGAGCUUUCAAGAAGCCGACACUUCUUCUGCAGGACUGGUUAGAGGGAAAAUCGGGGCCGAGGACGAGGUUGAGGGAGGAAAUAUAGAAGAGGAGAGAGAGAGAGAACGAAGGCGAUCUGGAAGGGAUUGAGAGAAAGGACGGCGAUUCUAGAGGGGCCGACUGAGUGGAGACCGAGAGAAGCAGAAACAAAAGAAGAAAUAAAAAAGAAGAACAAAGAAGCGACGUGGGAGGAGAAAGUUGAGAGUAAAAAGGGGGUUCUGGCGACGAAGCAACAGAAGGAAAAUCGAGGAGGUAAAUCAGUGAGUGAGUGCGGUGGCAGCAGAGCAAGAACAAGAGAUUUGAAACCGGGUUGCUUUCCGGAAACGCAUUAGGAUAAGAACACCACUAUUUAUGGAAGCAGACAUCGAAUCUCUAGAGGAGAGACUGAAGACUCUACUGAGUCAGCUCCAAAUAGAAUGUGCUAUUUUUGAGAGAAUUGUCUACAAGAACAAGAACCAGCACAGAAGAUGCUCGUAUUUUCAGUAUCUCCUAAAGGUGAGAAGGGAUUUGAGACUUUUGCAAUCAGCUGACUUGGAGGGGGUAUUUACUUCCUGCUUUGAAGUUAUAACUGGAAGGAGACCUAAACAUAUGGUGCAUCUUUUAGAAAGCUUGAAGUGGAGAAAAACCGAUGGUGGACAACCUAACUUUAUGGAGCGUCUUUUAGGAGCUGCACGGUUACUAUCACAGAUGGUUGAGCCCAUGUUGAAGGCUGCUAGCGAGGUAGCUACUUUGCUUGCUCGUUCACAUUUUAUGGGAUUUUCUGUUCUGGUUUUGGCUCUGCUUGCACGUCUUCGAGUUUUGGUUCAACAAAUAUUACUUGAUGCUGUUUCAAUUUUUAACAGAGUUUCUUCUACCUGCCAAAAGAAGCAAUCUAUGAAAAUAACUCAGGGAGGAAUUGAGGUUUAUAGGGAGUUCUAUCCUGAAAUCGAAGGGUUUGUGACCUUAGAGUGUGAGUGGAGGAUAGAUAAGUUUGUCUUACUUGAGAGGACAAAUAAGAGUGAGAUUAGAGAUCCAGAGGGAGAUGGCCAAGAUGCUUCAGUGAGAGAUUCUUCUGUACAGUACAAUAGUCUGGAGUCUUUCCUUGGGGACGGUGAAGACAGCAACAAUAAGGCAGAUGUAGUUGUUACUGCUAAAGAAGUUUCAAGUUGCAGCAAGGAAAAUAAGGUGGAUUCUUCGGUGGGCUUCUCUCUUGAUGCUGACAAACAAACGCACGUAGAAGUAUUCUCGAGAGGAGAAGAUGGUUUGAGUAUUACAGGUACACCCGGCAAGAACCUCCCCAUAGUUGAACCAUCAAGGUUAGACGCAAGCUCAGGUGGUGCAAAAAUCCAAUCUUGCACAAGGAAAGUGGCAUUUGUCUCGGUAAAAAGAAGUCUACCAAGGAGUAAAGAUGUGACAGAUCCUCCUCUUAAAAAAACUGCAAAUAGUAGUUGUGGGGAGGGAGAUCGAUUUUACAAUCUGCUUACUGGUGGAAACCUGAAAGGCAGCCUGUUCUAGUGAUUUUGCCAAAAAGAACCAUAAGAUAUGUAGAUGCUGCAUAAUUAUGUGGUAACUCUUGCUUCCUUAAGUCACUCUUCUUGUCUUUUGCUUUUCCCACAGAAUCCAAUUUUGGUUUUUCACUAGCAUUUUAGAUGAUAGAUUUUGUAGUACAAGAUGAGAUGAUGCUCAUUUGGUAGAGAUCGGUGACUUUGGUCACAUCCAAUCCGAAUUUUCUUGUGUAUUCAUUCUCGUUUUCGAAAGAGCUUAAGAUUUUUUGCCCAACAUCCAA